AUGAAUAAAAAAGAAAAAUUGUUUUUAUCUCAUCAAGUUGAUUUGGGACUCAAAUCCAAUGAAGAUAGCUUUAGGCCAAUUGCUACGGCUGCUUGCACUGGCAGCGAAUUUAAUUUCGACGAUAAAUUCUCUUAAACAGUUACUUCAUCCAAAUUUAUGAAACCGAAUUCGAUGCACAGCAUUCGAAAUAUUUUUGAUGGUAUUUAUUGAUAAUGUAUGAAAAGAGGUCAAUAAUGAAGAAAGAAAAAAAUAUACUGAUAGUCAAGUUGGACCCAAAUUUGAGGAUGAGAAAAAAGAAAAGAUUGUAAAAUGGUCUAUUGUUGGAAAACCCGAAUAGUUUCUAUCUGUGAGAAAUAAAAACAGAUAAAAAGUUGUUAUUAAACAAAAAAAAGGGGAUGGCGACGAUUCCUUUUCAGAUGAAGUUCCAUCAUCAGUCAAACCAAUUAUGUUAUAGUAAUCUUAAUCAUAAAUUUCGGGGAUGGGAUAACAAAGAAAAACACCCAAAAAACCAAGAGGAGAAUUUAAAAUGUUACCAAGAUAAGAAGCCUUAAUCAAAAUGGUCGAAGCUAAAAAAAGAAUAGAAUCCAAUCUAAAAGAAAAACAAAUGUAUGAGCAAAAUCUUCCUCUUCAUUUACAAAAUGCUGUAACAAGAGAAAAAAGAGUGUUGGAUAAAUUCGAUUUAUAACAAGAAAAGUGGGAGUUUUUUAAUAAUUAGAUAGCAUCAAAUUGUGAAAGGAAUCCUUAUAACACAAUUAUGAUUAGAUCUGACAAUUAUAGAGAAAAAAACUAAAAGAUUAGCAUAAUUGAAUCUUUAAAAAAUGAAGAUGAAAAAUACAAUAAUAGACUUUGGUAUAUGAGACUAAGAUGGUAUGAUAAUAAAGAUGAUAGACCUCCUUUCACUUUAAUUACUAAACCUAAAUAAAAAAGUCUCCCGUUGUCUAGCAGAUUAGUUAAUCGAUAUGUGAAGGACCCUGAAGCUGAACAUUUAGCUUAUUAAGAGAAUUUCGUNGAAAUCGAUUCAGCUGAAGUUAGGAAGUUUUAAGCCCUACUACUUGACUCCUUAACUAAAAACCACAGAUUAUCUCAAAAAUUUAAACUAUUCUAACCCAUAAUGAUAAACGAGGAAUUGGAAUAGCACUCAAGAACAAAAUUAUCAAGACCAACAAAUUAUUGA